AUGAACGAACAGGCUGCACCAACCGCUUCUGCAUCUCGGGCUUCCGAGACUCAUCAUCAAAGGCUUCUUCGUAACUUAAGAAAAUCUGCUGCCACCUCUGAAAUCAAAGGCAACAGUGACACGUUCCGCAGGCGCGCCCGUGAAUCCAGUGACGCUGCUGCAACAGCGAACACUAGGGCUGCUGAGACACCGCUUGGUAGUGCUGUUCGAAAUGCUAGGAACACUGUCACCACUGCCAGGUCGAAGGCAGCUGAAACAUUCGAACGCAGACGCGCCCAUCAAUCCAGUGAAGCUGCUGCUGCAGCUAGGUCGAGGGAGUCCGAGACUGAGCUGCAGCGGGCAACCCGCAAUGCCAGCAACGCUGCAGCAACUUCUGCUACCAGGAACUUCAAGGGCCCACAGAUUUCAAAGGCUACUACAAACAUGGUAGCUGUGCGCUAUACUCAAACUCCCCAAGCUCGCUGUAUACGCCUCGACGGCGACAUUCACCGCCUUGCGGGUGCCAGUGGUGUUACCUGUCCCCGUAGCUCGUUUUGGCCUUUCUUGGCUUUCAAUUACGACCCCAGCAUUAACCUAACUAUGUGUGACAUCAAUGUAGAGUCGAUGACCUGCGUUUCAAUUUCUGCAACUCCAGCAAAGGGGCCGGUGAGGAUGUCGGUCUGUGCUGUUCCUCUGGCAAAGUUCGACUGCCACAUCACCAUGAACAACCUACUACGAUGA